AUGCUGCCAGUGCCAACCCAGAAUACAGGGAAUAAAAAAGCAGGGGGAGGUGGAGAGAUCAAUGAUGAGCAUGAGGUCUGUUGGAUUGAAAAAGCAUCCAGGAAAGCUGCAACAGAAGAUACCCCAAUCAACCUGAAUGACAUUUUCACACCGUUACUUGGCCAAAAGCAACCCAUCAGAACUGUGCUGACUAAAGGGGUUGCUGGCAUUGGAAAAACAGUCUCUGUGCAGAAGUUCAUUCUGGACUGGGCUGAAGGGAAAGCGAAUCAGGACGUCCACCUCAUAUUUCCACUUCCUUUCGGAGAGCUCAAUUUAUUGAAGAACCAAACAUUCAAUCUUCAAGAUAUUCUGCAACUUUUCAUGGGCACAAAACAACUUGAAAUCUCUCCAACUGAAGGUAAAAUCAUUUUCAUCUUCGAUGGUUUGGAUGAGUGUCGUCUGUCUCUGGAUUUCCACAACAACGUGAAGUUGUGUGAUGUGACUGAAUCAGCCUCAGUAGAUGUGCUGCUGACAAACCUCAUUGCGGGGAAUCUGCUUCCCUCUGCUCUCAUCUGGAUCACCUCCAGACCAGCAGCAGCUGAUCUCAUUCCCUCUGAGUGUGUCCAUCGAAUGACAGAGGUACGAGGCUUCGAUGAUCCACAGAAGGAGGAAUACUUCAGGAAGAGAAUCAGUGAUCAGAGUCUAGCCGAUACAAUCAUCAGACACCUGAAGACAUCAAGGAGCCUCCACAUCAUGUGCCACAUCCCAGUGUUCUGCUGGAUCUCAGCCACUGUUCUUGAGAAGAUGUUGAGUGAAGCAGAGAGUGGAGAGAUUCCCAAGACUCUCACUCAAAUGUACACACACUUCCUGAUUCUUCAGAUGAGAAAUAUGCAUGAGAAGGCCUUUAAAAUUAAAGAUGAAGACAUGAUCCUCAAACUGGGGAAACUGGCUUUUAGGCACCUUAUGAAAGGCAAUGUGAUCUUCUAUGAAGAAGAUCUGAGAGAAUGUGGCAUUGAUGUGACAGAAGCAUCAGUGUACUCGGGGUUGUGCACUCAGAUCUUCAGAGAGGAGUUUGGUCUGUGUCAGAGGAAAGUCUUCUGCUUCGUUCAUCUGAGCAUUGAGGAACAUCUAGCAGCUCUCAUUCCCUUCGAGUGUGUCCAUCGACUGACAGAGGUACGAGGCUUCAAUGACCCUCAGAAGGAGGAAUACUUCAGGAAGAGAUUCAAAAAUCAGAGUCUGACCAACAGAAUCAUCUCACACCUGAAGUCAUCAAGGAGCCUCUAUAUCAUGUCAUGUUUCACAGUCUAUGCGAGGGCUGUGGAAGCAGCUUUGCAAAGUCAGAAUGGCCAUCUAGACCUCUUCCUUCACUUCCUUCUGGGUCUCUCGUUAGAGUCCAAUCAAACUCUUUUUCAGUGCCUACUGACACAAACAGGAGCAACAUCUCACAAUAUGGAGCAAAUUAUCCAGUAUGUCAAGAGGAAGGUUACAGAAGAUCUUUCUCCAGAGAAAUCCAUCAAUCUGUUUCACUGUCUGAAUGAACUAGGUGAUCAUACUCUGGAAAAUGAAAUCCAAGACUAUCUGAAUGCUGGAACGAUCAAAGAUGCCAUUCUGUCUCUGUCUCAGUGGUCAGAGCUGGUUUUUGUGUUGCUUACCUCAGAGAAACUGGAAGUGUUUGAAUUAAACAAAUACAUCAGGGAUGAGUUCAACCAGAAACACCUCACACAAGAUCAAGUUCUCCAUAAUCUAUUACCUGUGGUUGAACUGUCCAGAUCAGCACAGCUUGGCUGUUGUAGUCUGUCAGAGAAUUGCUGUGCUGAUCUGGCAUCAGCUCUCAGCUCAGAAUCUUCAUGUUUGAGAGAAGUAAACUUAAACUUCAAUAAUCUGCAGAGUUCAGGUGUGAAGCUCCUUUCUGCUGGACUGGGAAAUCCUCACUGCAAACUAGAAACGUUGUGGUUAUGGCGCUGUGGUCUCACACACGAAAGCUGUGACGUUCUGGCUUCGGCCCUGAAUUCAAACCCUUCACAUUUGAGAGAGCUGGAUCUGUCUGAAAAUAACCUAGGAAAUCAAGGCGUGAAGCUUUUCUCUGAUGGACUAAAAAAUCCUCAGUGUAAAUUGGAGACACUGAAAUUGGUGAGCUGUAGUUGCACAGAUGAAGGCUGUGCUGCUCUGGUAUCAGCUCUGAGAUCAAACCCCUCACAUCUGAGAGAACUGGAUCUGUCAAAGAAUAACCUAAGUUACUUAGAUAUGAUGCUGCUCUCUGCUGCAAUGGAAAAUCCUUACUGGAAACUGGAAACAUUGAAGCUUAGAGAUUGUGAUAUAACAGAUGAAGGUUGUGCUGCUCUGGCUUCAGCUCUGAGAUCAAACCCCUCACACCUGAGAGAGCUAGAUCUGACUAAAAAUAAAAUCACAGACAUGGGAGCAAACCUGCUCCCUGCUAUGAAAUUCGAUCCACACUAUAAACUGGAGAAAUUAGAUCUGUCCAACACAUUAGGUGAUGGAACUAUUUUCUGA